AUGGCGUCGGGACGCGAUGUGCGCGAUAUGUUAGGGCUGCCUGCUGCCGGCGGUGAUGCGCCAAAGACGGUAGGUCCAGCAGCAGUGGCACAGCAGACUCAAAAGCGGUCCAAGCCUGCGGGAGGGAGCAGGAAGAUACAGGGCGUUGCGCGCGAGGUUGCUGCGCUGUAUGGCGAACGGCCGCCGCCCGUCGCCGUCUACGAGGAGAAGAAGGCGUAUCGGGCGAAGAGACAGAGCACGGGGCCUGCGAAGAAAUGGAUACAGCAGCCCUUUACGAACCCAGCGCGCGCUGAUGGCCUUGUGCUGAAGCACUGGCGGCGCAAACCCACGACGACCGCACCGCCUGUGCAAGAGGCUGGCGACGCGACUAUGCAGGAAGCAAGCGGCGACGAUGCUGCCGCGACUACUACCGCCGACUCGUACCUCGAAUCAUGCUCCGACUAUGCAAAGUACGACAUCAAGGUCGACAUGCCAGGUUUCACCGAUGAGGAGUACGACCAGUAUCUGCGCAGCGACGACUGGAGCCGCGAGGAGACCGACUACUUGUUUGGAGUAAUCCGCGACUACUCGUAUCGCUGGCCGGUCAUCUGGGACCGCUACGACUACCAACCAGCGCGACACCAUGCGCCCGAAACCGCGCCUGGCGACGACCAUGCAUUAGCUACAAUGCCCUUCGCACCUUCCAAGAAGCGCUCGCUUGAAGACCUCAAGGCGCGCUUCUAUGACAUAUCCGCGAAGCUGAUGAAGCAGCGUAUACCAGAAGUCUCCAUGGACGCCGACCAGUACAGUCUCUAUGAGAUGCUCACAAAGUUCGACCCUAAUAUGGAACGGAACCGAAAGAUGCUGGCCACGGCCCUCAUAAACCGAACAAUGGACGAGGUCAAGGAAGAGGAGUUCUUGCUCACCGAGCUUCAACGUAUCAACAUGGCAGCGAACCGCCUCGAUGCCGAACGCGAAGAACUACGAGCCCGACUGGACGCACCACCUGCAAAUCCACAAGCCUCGGCCGGCCUCCAAGCCUUUACAUCUUCACAAGCCCUUCAAGCCCUCUUCCAGCAACUAUUCCAGCAGGAUCGCAGCAAGAAACGUGCAUCAGGCGGCGCAACAGGACCAGGUCGUCUCAGUCUCUCUGCCAACGACAUGGUCCAUACUCCCGGCUCUGCGCAACAACAACUAUCUGCUGCGAACCGCCGACAAAGCAUGGCACAACACCACGAAAAGACGGCCCAAACACCCGUCAAACACCUCUCUCCACAUCAAGAACACCGAUUCAAUGUAUCAACACACGACCGGCUUACCUCUGGUGUCACAUUUGGCUCGGACAAGCUGCUCAAGAUGCGACAAGCAAAGAGCAACGUACAAACGCAGAAGAUUGGACAAAUGCUUGCCGCCCUCGGCGUGAGCGAAAUCGUCAGCAUACCAACCAGCAAAAUCGCCGAUGUAUUCGAGCAACUCGUUGCAAAAGUCAGCCGCCUCCUCGACGUACGCAAAGUACGCGAAAAGGAAGAAGGCGAAUGCAAAGUACUGCUCGCCAUGAAGGAGCGGCGGAACGGCGGAGCAGGCAAAGAAACUGGAGCAAGCGAAACCAACAAUGCCACCACGUCCAAUAAUAACAAUAGCAACAACAACAAACAACCCAAACAAGAACAACCCAACCCCGAAGUCGACGCCGACGCCGACGGCGAAAACGACGACGAAGAAGACGACGUGAACAAAAACUACGGCGGCGACGACGCAGAAGGCGACGCAGACGAAGGAGGUCACGACGCUGAUAACCUCCACGACGAUGACGCCGAGGGGGAGGAAGAAGACGAUGACGACGACGACGAUGAAGACGAAGGUGGCUUCAACGGCGAAGUAGAAGAUGAUGACGGCGAUGUAGAUGCAGAAGGCGAGGAUGAGAGUAGUAAACAGCAAAGUCGGGCUACUAGCCAAGGUGCUGGUGGUAUGCAAGGGCAAGGGCAGAGUCAAGGACAAGGGCAGGGACAAGGGCAAGGGCAUAAAAGGAGUGCGAGUGUGUUUUCUCAGGGGAGUGAGGGUGAGGUUAGUAGCAGUAAGAGGGUUAGGAAGUAAAAAGGAAACUCAUGUAUUCAUCCCGCGUGGGGGUGGGAGUUUGUGAAAGUUCUUGGGAUUUUUUGUUGGGACUUUUGUCGGUAUUGAUACUUGCAUAGCGAGGCGUUUCUGGUUGGUGGGAAAGAAGAGACAGAGAGAGAGAGAGAGAGUGUGUGUGUGUGAUUAUUCAUGUAUGGGUUUUUAUAUGAGAUGCUAUGUAACAUACAUGCAUGCAUAGGAGGGUAGGGAGGGAGGAUAUUCAUGUAUGUGCGAACAGGUCAUCAAAUUUUAUCUAUCCCAAGAUAUAUACAGCAUACUUAUGUAGACUAGAUACCGUAUGCAUGUCUCUGAACA